AUGAAGUUCUUCGGAAUCCUCGUACCCUUGGGCAUGAUCGUCGCAGGUUAUCCGAACCCAGUUAAUGGUAGCCCAGAUGCUUGCUAUAAUGCUGUUGCGCAGCCCAACAAUAGGCAGCGUACCUCUGGCUGCAAGUCAUUUCUUCUUACUAGAGUGACUCCCAAGAAGGCCACCAUUUACAAGACAACUACAAUCACCAAGAAGACCCCGACCGUUACAAAGUCAAUCACCGUCACCAGUACCUCAUCCACCAUCGCUACGAGCGUCAGCUCCGUCGUGCAGACCAUCACAGACAACUUCGUCGUGACACGGACCGGUGCCGACCCCAAUCCGCCUUUCAAGCAUAAACGCUCUGUACCUCGCAUCCCAAAAUACCUCGACAACAUAUGCACCAACUCGGCUCAGUACUCAUCGGCUUGCUCCCGUAUCGGUGUCACUGCUAAGACCGUCAACGGCCCUCGCGUAACUGUCGUCUCUAAGAUCGUUCACGUCAAGAUCCCCCGUGCCAGCACCUUCAGGACGACUGUCAGUACCACCUGGGCCACUCAGACGGUAAAGACCACCGUCGUCUUCAAGACUUACAGUACCGAAGAAGUCACCAAUACUGUCAAUGUUGUCACUGACAAUGUCACUGUCGCUACCAAGACCAUCACUGAGACCACUACAAAGACCGAAACCGCCGAACCGCUCGAGACAGUCAGAUUAGUUGCAAUUGGUAGCAAGGAUCCCGCACAAGCAGCUUCAGGCGGGCUGGGCUUCUCAUUCCUUGAGUCCAACCAAGGCAGCACGACCAGCUUCUACGUGGAUUUCAAGUCUGAUGCCACGCCCAACCAGCUUUUUACAAUACACAAGGGAACUGGCGAAGUGAAAGCACUCAACGGACCUGGUAGUGCAGCUGGCCAGUCUGCUUCGUACAAUUUCUCCCCCGGAAGUGGAAACCACUAUGGCUCUGUCAUGAUACAGGGCAAGGGUGCGCCGCCCUUGGUUUGCAAGGUCGCAGAUGGAUCGGCAUAUCGAUAUCUGCAGUGCAAGUUCGGCAGCAACCAGAUUGCCGACUUUUGGACAUGUAAACAGCGUUUGUUAUUAGUCUCCCCAGGUUAUGACUUAUCACGCUGUUACAUGGAUGUCUAG